AAAAGAAAAAAAAAAUUCCAAACAUUUAAUGGGGAGAAAAAAAUUUAAUGAAAAGAAAAUUUUAAGUGGAAAACUUUGUUCUGUUCUCUAUUCUAUUGGACAUCAUACAUCAGUAACCGAUCAUAAUUGUUCACACCAAACUUGUCAAUAAGAGAGAGAGUACAUAUCCGGCAGCUUGUAAAAGAGAGAUAUUCCUUAUCGGCACCCCUACUUUUACAGCGAAAAAAAGAGAUCAAGAAAAAAUGGAAGGAGGGAAAGAAGUAGAUGUAUCAGCACUGAAAGGCCAAGCAGAGAUUUGGAAGCACAUUACGUCGGGAAUGAUCUCUUCGCUACUGAAAUGUGCUGUGGAUCUUCGCAUUGCCGACAUUAUACACAACCAUGGUGGUCCAAUGACAUUGUCUGAAAUAGCUUCCAAAAUUUCCGACGCACCAUCUCUUAGCAUCUCAAGCCUCGAACGAGUUAUGAGACUGUUGGUCUACAAGAACAUCUUCGCCGCACAUCAUCCAUCGGACGGCGCUGGAGAAACUUUGUACGGACUCACAGAUCUGUCCAAAUGGAUAUUGUGGGAUUCCAAGCCAAGUUUAGUGAAACAGGUACAACUUAUAAACGACCCAGACUUCAUGAGACCAUGGCAGUACCUUAGCCAGAGAAUCAGGGACGGUGAUACUUGUUGUAACAAGGCCUUUGGUUGCACACUUUAUGAGUAUGCAGCAACCCAGAAACCUGAGCUCGACCAGUUGCUAACUGAUUGCUAUUCGAACACCGCUGACACCGACACGGUUGCAGUAAUAGACGCCUAUAAAGAAAAUGGUGGGCUGAAUGAGAUUACAACGUUGGUUGAUGUGGGUGGUAGGACAGGGAAAGACCUUCAUGAGAUCAUCAAAGCUCACCCACACAUCAAAGGAAUCAACUUUGAUCUGCCACGUGUAAUUGCCACAGCACCCACCUAUGAAGGUGUUACAAAUGUUGCAGGUGAUAUGUUUGACUCUAUUCCUAGUGGAGAUGCUCUUUUGUUGAAGACUACGCUGCGUGAUUGGCCUGAUGACAUAGUGGUGAAAAUUUUGAAGAUUUGUCGCAAAGCAAUACCAGAAAAAAAUGGAAAAGUUAUUAUUAUGGAUGUUGUUGUUGAAGGAAACAAUCAUCUGCUUGAGGAAUCGCACUUAAAAUCAGAUCUUUCAAUGUUGGUGUACACGGGUGGAAGGGACAAAACAGCAAUGGAAUGGAAAAAGCUGAUAAAUGAAGCGGGUUUUCCUCGUUACAAAGUCAUCAAAAUUCCUGCCAUGCUUUCCAUUAUUGAGGCCUAUCCUUACUGAUUGAUCCACAACAUUCAUAAUAUUAUUGAAGCCUAUCAUAUAAUAAUGAUCAUUUAAUGUUAAUGUACCUUGGCAUUAUAUAUUACAUUCAGACACAUUUUGUGUGUGUGUGUGUGUGUGGUAUGCCAUUGUUAAUGUGCUUAGUUGUAUGGUUUGUUAUUGAAUAACCUUAAACUAGAACUUUGGUAAGAGAGGGCAAAAAGAGAGCCUCCGUGGCUCAAUUCUCUUUUGUUGUUUGA